CCCCCGGAUCAUAGUGCAGUAGUCGGCAAAGAAAAAGUGACCACAGCCAAACGCUUUUCCAGCCCUCUGAGCGGCGGGACUGCGACCAAACGGACUCAUUUGCCUCAACGACUGUUUACAACCUGAAAAAAAAAAAAAACACAGACACCGAGCGGAUCCGUGGGGAAGCUCACAUUUGAGCCAGAUUGUGCGCAUAAGGAAUCACUGUGGCUGCUGCUUCUUGGUUUUUUUUUUUUUUUUUUGACACUUAAAAUUGCGCACGGCGGAUCUAUGAAGACGCAGGCAGGUUUUUCACUCACAACACCAGACACAGGGAACAGGGAGUGAUUCACCCCCCCCUGCCGGCAGCCCCCAUGCCGGGCAUUAGCUCAACCGCGCCUCGUUAUGAAAACUGGGACAUGGACCAACUCGACCACUACCAACAUUAUUUCUACGACGACCACCACGACCCGGACGAGGAUUUCUUCAAGUCCACGGCGCCCAGCGAGGACAUAUGGAAGAAAUUCGAGCUGGUACCGACCCCGCCCAUGUCCCCUAUCCGGGCGGUGGAAGAGUCGGGCAGGGUCGGGCUGCUGCACCCGUCCCUGGGGGACAAGUUGGAGUGGGUCUCUCAGUUCUUAGGGCAGGAGGACGAGCAGCAGCAGCAGCAGCAGCAGCAGCAGGACCUGCCCUGCAAGCUGACCACGGCCAGUGACUCCUUCGGGAACCUGAGCUCCAUCAUCAUCCAGGACUGUAUGUGGAGCGGCUUCUCGGCCGGACAGCAGCUGGAGAGAGUUGUAGGGGAGCGCUGCGCCUCCUGUCCCGGGACGGGGGUCGCUGCCAAAGUCGCAGCCGGGUCCGCGGUUACAUCCCCGGGGAGAGCGCAGAGUGCCCCCGCCGACGUGUCGGCUCUCAGCGGACUGGCGGCGGAUUGCGUGGACCCGGCUGCGGUGCUCACUUUCCCGUUAACCGGUGGAUGCAAGAAACAAGUGUCCUCUGGUUCAGAGUCUCACACCGACUCAUCAGAUGAUGAAGAUGACAAAGACGAGGAUGAAGAGGAGAUUGACGUGGUGACGGUGGAGCACAAGCAGCAACGCAAACCUCGUCGACUGGUCAACGCUCGUAAACCGGUGACAAUAACGGUGCGAGCGGACCCCCUCGACCCCGGCAUGAAGCGUUUCCACAUCUCCAUCCACCAACAGCAGCACAAUUAUGCUGCGCCCUCCCCGGACACGCUCCCUCCUCCAGUUGAGCCGCCUCGGAAGAGGGUCCGGCAAGAGGCCUCCACCCAGGCCACCCAGCCGCACCAGAACUCUCACUACCACCAACCCCGGCCCGGCCACGCCCCUCUGAACUUAGACAGCAGGAAGUCUCACGUGACCGUGGCUGGGGUCAGGUCAGAGUCACCUAACCUCAGCGCCUCUUCUCCUACCUCCUCCACGUCACCUUCAUCGCCUCCCUCCUCUUCCUCUUCCUCCAGCUCAAACUCCCACCCCCACAGCUUCCCCUCAAAGUCCCACUUCUUCUCCCACCUCUCCAGCCCCCAGUCCUCAGACUGCGAGGACACAGACAAACGCAAGGCGCACAACUUCCUGGAACGCAAGCGGAGGAACGACCUGCGCUCGCGCUUCCUGUCGCUGCGGGACGAGAUCCCGGGCUUAGCGGACUGCCCCAAGACGCCGAAGGUGGCGAUCCUAACGCGAGCCACGGAGUACCUGCAGCAGCUGCACGUCAGCGAGAGGCAGAAGGCUCAGGAGAGGAAGCAGCUGAAAGCCAGGCAGCUGCAGCUGCUGCAGAAGCUGGCGCACCUCAAACGAUCCUGAGCGACGGGGUCGGCUGUCACCACACACACGCACACUCACAGAACUGAACGGGACUACAUGAAGGAGUAAAGACACUAAUGUUCACUUUGAAUUGGUCACGUUGGAAUAGUGCGGGUGGAUUUUCUUUUUUUUUUUUUUUGUGGUUUGCACAUUAGCUUCUGAGUGAUUGACGAGGCCGUAAGCCGGUCAGGACAGCAAGCUAGGGACUGAUCUUAUGGGGCAUCUUACGGGCAGAUUAAUAUGUCCAUGGUUACUCAGUAUAAGUUUGUCAAACUAUUAUAUUUCCCCUUGCUAAAAACUGUUGCUUGCUACAGGAAGGCUUGUUGUGAAUGCAGCAGCUCCUAGUUGAAAAAAAGUGCUACAGCUGUGUUGUUAAACUGCUGCAUGGUCUGGUCAGACGCCUCCUUGAUUGUGAUAGGGCUCAGUGUGCUUGCACAGCAGUGAUGUCUCCCCUUUCUAUCACGGAAGGGCCCACUGAAGUUUCUCUGCAGUCUCCUUCAAAUUUCAACUCCUCUACAGUCCCCUGCUCCUUAGCGCUUGGCAUACAACUUGAACAUUUUCAUACCAAGUUGUGCCCUUUUUUCGCUCCGUGGUCUUUUCCAUUUCCCUUACUUUUCUCUCGUUCUCUCUUUCCUCUGCGUUUAUUCACUCUUUUUCCUUGUCAGCAGUUAAAGUUUCUAGCUUUAUGCUUGCUGAUAAUGGGAAUGCAGGUGGGGGUUAGGGGGGGCUGUAGUGGGACUGAACUGAGCCAUGCAACAAUAACGCUACAACUGGACGGAUACAAUAUGUUCUGCACCUCUGGAAUAGCUCAGGUUAAGUCCUAACUUCUGUGCCUGCAGGUUUCCAUUCAGUGUUUUCUUCUUACAUCACACCACAGAACCAAGCCCACAAUAACAGCCUGUUUCUGUAGCAUUAUUUGGAGAAAAUGAGAAAAUAUGUUGCCACGCAGGCAGUGUGUAAGAUUGAUCAGAUUUUUCAGUCAACAUCUGCAAAACAAAAAACACUAUGAAGAUCAUUAUCAAGAUUUCACUCUAUCUCUAUUAUUGUUGUGCCAUGGAGACCAGCCAAGAGGUGAAUGGGUGGCUUCAAAUGAUCAACCAAAAGAAACUCUUAGAGAAUGGCUUAAAUUGAAUCUGUAUGUUUAAGCAACAUCAACAAUGCCAAGUCUUGCUCGGAGAUGAAGCCCACUGAGUUCCAACUGUACAUUUCUUUCAUCUUGCUGUCUGAUAUAUUUGUAUGUUUUUUGGGUUUGUUUUUUUUUUUUUUUUUUGCAUUUGAUGUAAUGCCUAUAGAAGCCUUUCGAUGUAUGUAGACUAUCCUGUUGGAUGUUAUGUAUAUAGUACCCAUAUUGUACAGUCCCUUCCAAACCAAAACCAGAGCUGUCUACUAUACUCAUCCUAGUUUUUGUUCGGCCCUGCGUCCUAAACUGGGGCCAAGCUUGCUGGCUUUUCAAAGAUAACUCAAAGCUUCUAUUUUUGUUAAUAAAAUGAUUAUGAAAAAGAGUCUAAAUAAAACACUUACUGAACAUUGAUCACACUAGCCACUUUGUCACCACAUUUUUUUUGCAAUGCCUACUUGUUUUCUUUAAUGUUCAUUACUUUUUCUGUCUCUGGGGUUUCUUUUAUUUGUACAAGUCAGAGUUGACAAAAGUUUUAUACUAUAUUUUCCUACCGAGUUGUGUUUCAGUGUGAGCUAAUGACUGUUUUUGUUAUUGUAGCUGGCAGGGCUUUAUUGGUGGCUAUGUGCUGAAAAUUGGCAUGUAUGCUCUGCUUUCUCUCUGGGAGUGAAAAGCACCUGAACGCUCCCUCCUGUAUUCAAUCCAAUCACUCUAGCUGUAGCACUCUGUUAAAUCUGGUGUGGGUGGUGGGGGGGGGACUUAAGAGGAUCUACCGAUUAAACUUCUGGCUGUGUGUAGCCUUUAGUGACCUUAAUGUUACUGCUUUCUCUCUGCUUCCCCCCCAAGCCUGGUGCUCCCUAUUGUCCCAUAGCCAUGGAACAGAGAACACUGUAGCCCUGUCCACUAGUACUGUAAAUGACUCGAUCAUGACGAGUAGCAAGCCCUGCUCUCACCAGCACUCAGGAAAACACCCCCUGCUGUAAUAUGCUAUAUAACACCAGACCCACACAAGACAGAAAGGGAGCAGUAGAUCAGAGGAAUCAUGAUGUACUUGGUAGAACAAGUACUUCAGGAUAUCAUUAAUGUUUCCCCCCCUUUUUUUGUCCAUUAUGUCUUCUGAAUUAGCCGGGAUAUGUUUAUCUGCUAAUUAAUUCAGCACAAACCACCAUUUAGCCCCUGUUUAUUUAAUUUUUUUUCAAUAGGGUGCACCCACAGCAGUGGUUUGCCCCAUUAACAAAAAAAAUAAUAAAAAAUUAAUUUGACUUGUAUUGGUCACUGGUCUCUGCUGUUGGCACAGUCAUGGUAGCAGUGGAUGUUGCUUACUUACUUUGGGAGUUCAACUAUGGUGAUUUUGGAGCCUUGUCUCAGCACUUUGUUUUUUUCUGUACCUCAUAAGCCUCUGUGUAUGAAGAGUAAGUCAGAAAAAUAAUAAACUCAUGGUUUGACAUCAUAAAUGA